CUGACCAUAAACAGCGCGGGCAGCCGCCGCCACAAGCCGUUCCCAUUCCGUGUCUCUAGGCAACAAAAAUUAACAAAAGAACAGAGAAGCGGAGUAAAAAAAUUAGUAUUUGCAAGUAAAAACGGUUCUGAUUUGUGCUCAAAAACCCAAUUCUCGUGCCCAAUGGAGUGUGACGAUGCAAGAGAACCGUUCUUUCAGCUUCCCAAUGAGGUAUGGCUCGAAAUAUUCGAAAAAGUGGACACACCCCAACUACGCGAUCUAUCACUCGUGUGCAAACAUUGGAACAGUCUUAUUUUUAAGCACAUGACACAUAGAUUCAUGCUGAACUUUGACCUUGAUCAGCGCAAGUAUCCCCGAAGAGCGAUCGGUAUGGUACCGGAAAGGACAUAUAAAAAUCUAUGCCUUAAUUCGUUCAAGUUAGACAGUCCGGUUUACCUUUUGGACACCGUUAAACAGCUGGCUGUGAAUUUGGUGUCGCUGAAACUGGACCUCGUUUCGCUUGAAUGCCAGACUCUGGUGCAACUGUUGCCACUGUGCACUAGAAUGACAGAACUGCGCAUCAAGGCUAAGUAUUUCGAGUGCGAUGACACCCUCUAUCAACCCAGGCCAUUCCUCUCUACGGUCAAGAGUUUGAGUUUUGAUGUGGAGAACUACGUCUCGACAUUUAGCCUGUUCAGCUUUGAGAUGUCAUUCCUGCGUAUGUUGCCAAAUGUGCAAAAGUUGCAAUUGGUGAUAUAUCGUCCGUUGGAUCUGGGUCUGCUGGUAUGGAUGGCCCCUCGCCUCGAGACCCUAAAAGCAACUGUAUAUUGCAAUGCAAUCAACAAUUUCCUGGGAGUGCGUCUGCCUGUAUUGAAAACGUUGGAUCUUACCUUGCUACAGCCGGAGCAACAGUGGCGUAAGAGAAGAACAUUCCAUGCGAGAUCCUUCGGGGAAUUUCUGCGUGGCUGCAUCAUGCUGAAGACCGCUUUGCUCUCGUUUCGCUGUGAAUACGACCAGCAGCUAUUAACUACCAUAUUCACCAGCCUCCCAUGGGUCGAAAAGUUGCAGCUCUCUGGCGGGUUGGCUACUGAAAGGUUCUCACUCAACGGUAUGGAGCGAAUGAAAAAAUUAAAGGAUCUCUCAUUGCACUGCUUACUCCUAUUUCAAGAGGAACAACGUAUUGUGCCAAUGCCAACGGUGGAAAAAUUCUCAUUAUGCUCGUUCAUAAGACCGAAUAGAUUCAGCGACGUUCUGAAACGAUUUCCGAACCUCAGAACGCUAUCGUUUCGAAUGCAUGGCGAUGAGUUGCAGUCGAUCAACGAAGCCGUGCCACUGUUGGAGGAUUUGUCAGUCGAUAUCGGACGCAUCACGCCUGAUAUGAUUAACCAUUUGCAACAGUUGGAUGGCUUGAAAAAACUUACGAUCGAUGCGCACAUGAUUGCUAGGACCAACUUUCGUUUGUUCCGCUCCAUCAUCGCUCUGCCGGAGCUGAAAAGUUUCAAUAUAAAUACCAGAUCGAUGAUUCCGGCCAAUAUUGCCAGUUCAGUGGCCGCAUGCAACACUUCUUGCAAGCUCGUACUGAACGGAGAGACGGUCAAACCGGCGACGAGAGUUCGUCGAUCAGGGGUGAAACGAAAACAUCCGGUUGCUGCAUCGAGUCCCAAGAAGAACCAAUCGGUUGAGCAAAGCGUGAACCCGAUGGACGAAACUCAACCUUCUGACAGCAGUGCCAGCACUAGUGGUUGUAGUAGUUUUGCAACCAGCUCAUCGGAUACUAGUCAUGUAAGUUUUUCGGCGGUCAACAGUUCGGCGACGAAUGGAGAAUGUUCCGAUGGAGUGAUGCAGGAGUCAGGAGUUGGGGCUAACGUAACAUUGGCCAACGGCGAAUCUAAUGAUGCUGAAUCGAUCGUUGAAGCUUCAGGUUCUGGAAGUGAUGAAUCGACGGUAAGUCUGGAGCCUACAGAUCACAGCUAUUGUUCGACAUCUAAGUAAAUUAUUGUGCUGUGGUCCAGCCUUAUGUUUUGUGUAAAGAUGAUACAUUUGGAGAUGUGUGAUUGAUGUUUUUGAAGAUUAUUUAUGUUUUUAUUUUGUAAUGUUGUGUAUCAUUGUGAUCUCUAUAAAUUUUUUCAAAUGUAUAUUUCAUUUAUUAAUUUUGUCGAGCAAUUGCAAGGAAGUUUUCCUACGUUGUUCUCACCCACAGAACAAAGUCUACCUUGUUUCCAUAUUUUUAGAAAAUCAGUCAUUUUCUGAAUCAUACAAAAUCAAUUAUCAACAAGAUAAUCAUCACUGUGGAAUGUCGAUUCAUGCCUCUUUUGUGCCUUGAAAGUGCUUAUACUCAUAUACUUUAAAUAAAAACAACUGAUUUGUAAAGCCUA